GCCGUCAGUGUGAGAACGUCGCGCCACGCCGCACCAGGAGCCGGCAGCCGCUAGUUUUGUGUGCCGCGACCCACUUGCGGCGUGUGCCGCCCGCCGUCAAGACGCAAGGACACACCGCAGCCAUAGGCCGUCGCCGCCUGCGAUGUUUUUGGGCCAACGCAAUGACAGCCCCACUGAGGAUGGGAACGGCUGAGAAGGUUCCCGGAGGCGGCGGCGGCGGCGGCAUGCGGCUGCUGCUGGCAGCUCUGCUGGCCGUGGUCCUCGCGUCGCUGCCCGGCUGCGCCUCGCCGCUGACGCUCAGCCACUGGGACCUCGAGGGAGCCAACGUGACGUGUGACGAUAAGUCGACGUGCGCGUCGCAGGCGACGACGCCGGCGUCGGGCCGCUUCUCGCGCAUGGAGACGGCGUCGGAGCUGGUGGACUGGCGCGAGCGCAACUGCAUGUGCGACCCGGGCUGCGCGCACCACGGCGACUGCUGCGUCGACUCGGAGCACUUCGUGGCGAGCGAGCAGCGGCGCGGCGCCGCCACGUUCGAGUGCGUGUCGCUGCGGCGCUUCGGCGGCGUCUACAUGCGCACCUCGUGCCCGGCCGCCUGGGAGGACGGGCAGGCGCGCGCGCUCUGCGAGGCGCGGGACCGCCUCAGCGCCGUCGACCCCGUGGGCGGCAUGCCCGUCACCAGCCGGCGCACCGCCAUCACCUACCGCAACGCGCACUGCGCCCUCUGCCACGGCGACGUGCAGGACGUGGUGGUGUGGAACGCGCACCUCGAGUGCAGCGGGCUGCUGCAGCAGCAGGCCAACCUGUCGUCGUCGGCGGCGGCGUCGUGCGUCGCCUUCGACGAGGCGUCGUCGCGCUGGGGGCUCAACCUGACGGACGCCGGCUUCCAGCCGUGCGACGUCGACCCCUACCUGCCCGACGCCGCCGCCCACCUCGUGCGCCGCUGCGACCCGGACAUCGUGCGCGCGUGCGCCGUCAACUGGACCAACGCCGAGGUUCGGCUGCGCUGCGAGGCGUACACGGCGCACGUGUUCCGCGGCAGCGACGGCUACCGCAACCCGCACUGCGCCGUCUGCAACAACGUGCCCGUGCAGUACCUGGCGUGCAGCCGGGCCGUCACGCGCUCCCUCUUCCACAAGGACUUCACUCCCGGCGCCUUCGCCGUCAUCUUCGACCUCGGCGGCUCCGACCCGGUGGGUCUGACGAGUCCGUGCGAGUCUGAGAACGAGCUGUACGACCCGUUCUUCCAGCAGUGCCGGUUCGUGGUGUGCACGGGACACCGCGAGUACUACCACGGCGAGUGCAUCGCCGUACAGGUCGAAGACUCCAGCGAGGAGGACGACUGGGCCGGCAGCGGCGGCGGCAACCACUCGUACACGCUCAAGGACGAGGAGGGCAGCACGCUGGGCCCCGACGCGUUCAACCACAGCCAGUGGUACCACCCCGACGGCGCCGGCGGCAACCACACCGGCGACCCGCGCUACAUCACCGACCUGCGCGCCAACUUCUCGCAGGAAUUCCUCACCUGCCCCAAGUUCGUGCUGCAGCCGGGCGAGUACGUACUGGGUCCCGAGAACGGCUCGGUGACCGUCCCCCUGUACGGGCUGACGUUCUCCAGGACGGAGUACUUGCGGCACCCGGACGGCAUGCUCGAGAUCUGCGCCACCGUGGGCCGCCGCUACUUGCCCAAGUUCGGGCCCUACAUGGGCUACGUGACGCUGGCAGGGCUCGGCGUGUCCGUCGUCUUCCUGGUGCUGCAUCUGGCCGCCUUCGCGGCGCUGCCCGAGCUGCGCAACCUGUCGGGCAAGAACCUCGCCUCGCUCUGCGUCGCACUCCUCUGCGGCUACAUCGCCUUCAUAGCCUCGCAGAUGAUUCCGACGGGGCCGACGGCGGGGUGCGUGUCGGCGGCGGCGGUGGUGCAGUACUCGUUCCUGGCGGCCUUCUGCUGGACGCUGGCGAUGGCCUUCGACGUGUGGCGCACGCUGCGGCUCGCCACGUCCGAGCUGCGCGUCUCGUCGGGCAAGCAGUGGCACAAGUUCGCCGCCUACUCCGCCUUCUGCUGGGCCGCGCCGAUGCUGUCGGUGGUGGUGGCGCUGGCGGCGGACGCGGCGCCCGACGGCGGCUGGCCGGACGAACUGCGGCCGGCGUUCGGCGUCUACACGUGCUGGUUCGGCCACCGGCACGCGCUGCUCGUCUUCUUCGCGCUGCCGCUGGCCGUCGUCAUGGUGUGCAACGUGGCCUUCUUCGUGUCGAGCGCGCGCAUCAUCUUCGCGACCACCUCGACGACGCGGUUCACGUCGUCGGGCGGCGGCGCGCGCCGCGACUUCCGGCUGUACGUGCGCCUGGCCAUCGUGAUGGGCCUCACGUGGAGCGUCGGCCUGCUGGCCGGCUACCUCGACCAGGAGGGCCUGUGGUACGCCUUCGUGGCCCUCAACACGCUGCAGGGGCUCUUCAUCUUCCUCGCCUUCACCUGCACCGAGAAGGUGGCGCGCGCCAUCGUCGACGCCGCCUGCAGCCGCCGCCGCAAGGUGUCGCCCGUCGGCGACAGCAGCGACGCCACGCGCAACACGCACGUCGCCACGCCCACGCACAGCUCCGACAACUCGGACACGCUCUACUAG